AUGCAAGCUUACUCCAUCAACAACAUGCACCCUGUGUUCAGCAUGAGGGACCAGGCAACCAUGGUGCUCACAGCAGCUCUAGGGCAUGUCUGGGACCUGAUCAAGGUGGCACCACAGCCAGAGGAGAGUUUGGAGACCAUCUAUGUGUGGGUGGAGGACUGGGACAAGACAAGGAAUUUCUGUACUGAAGUCCUGGGUGCCAUUGCCAUCACUGACCUCCAGCACCCAGUGGAGCAGAGACAGAUCCACAUCAAUGACAUCUUUGAAGACUACCAGGAGAGGGUAGAGUUGAGGGUGCAGCUUGAGGCAGAGAGGUUGACAAGAGAACCUUCUAUGUGCAUGUGCAGACAGGCCACCACAGCAAUAGGUGAAGGUCAAGGCUGCAUGCCCAGCAACACUGGAGCAGGGGAGUCUUCAAGGGGGACUGGAGGACAAGUGAGGCAACAGAUGGAUAGUACAGGCAAGGGGAAGGGUAAGGAAAAGGCCACAGAUGAAGUCAACAAGCUGGAGAACAAUGAAGGCAACUGCCCACCUAACCCAGACCCAUUGAAAACUGGCACUCCAGCUCCCAAAGCCAACCUUCCAUGCUGGGAGUGUGCAAAGCACAAGAAUGCUGGUAGUGGAGAGACAGCUGCUGGGCCAUCACACAAACAGACCAAACCAACUGGAUUAUUGGAUGAUCCACCCACACCCAACAUCAGUGCACAGGACCUGUCCAAAGUACCCCCAGUUGAAGAAACUCUGCUGGUCACAAACCUGGGUGAUACAACUAUGCAUGAGGCUCUUGCUGAGUGCAUUCAACUUCUGGAGAACAGGGCUGAUGACAAAGAGUUUGAGCUGACCCAGAUCCAUCAGAUGCUGGGGCUGUUGGCUAUAUGUGUCUUUGGGUAUUUUGAACAGAAUUAUCAUUAA